UCGCAAAGUAUAUAUACACAGCAGCUUCACCCAUAUUUAUAACAAAUAAAAAAAACCAAUUAAGCAUGGCGAGCGUCAACCCCUACGGCAAGCUGAACGAGGCCGAGCAAGAAAGGCUGGUGGCGCGUAUGAAAACGCGCAGACGCAUCACCAUCAUCGCCGUAUCCAGCAUAGUCCUCGUGGCGGUCGUGGUGGCCGCCGCCGUCGGAGCCACUCAAACCCGAGACAACAACAAAUCCGGCAGCGGCAGCGGCGUCUCCUCCUCCCUCAAGGCCUCCUGCGCCGCCACGCUGUACCCGGACUCCUGCUACACCAGCCUCGCCCCUCUCGUGAAAUCGCGCAACGUCGGCCCUCAAGAUCUCUGCAAGCUCUCCCUCCAAGUAUCCAUCGACGAGCUCUCCAAGGCCUCCAACCAUUUCCUCCAGGACGUGGUGAAGAAGCUCAACAUCACCGACGGAAGGGCGCUCGCGGCGAUCGACAGCUGCCGCGAGCUCUGCUUUCUGGCGCUGGAUCAUCUCAACGACUCCAUCUCCGUCGGCGGCGCCACGGUGUUCGAGGCCGUCCACGACCUCAGGACGUGGCUGAGCUCGGCGGGGACGUAUCAGCAGACGUGCAUAGACGGGCUGAGCGAGGCCGACGCGGCGCUCAGUAGCCUCGCGGAGGACCAUUUCAGGAACUCGACGGAGUACACCAGCAACAGCCUGGCGUUCGUCAGCGCCAUCGAGGAGUCCGUGGGCGCGCUGGGCAGCGUCGGGAGGCGGCGCUUGAUGAGCUCCUCCCAGUGGCUGUCGUUUGGGGAGCGGAGGCUGCUGCAGACGGCGAGCGCCAAGAUAAAGGCGGACGCGGUGGUGGCCAAGGACGGGAGCGGGAAGUACAAGACCAUAGCGGCGGCGCUGAAGAAGGUGCCGGAGAAGAGUGAGAAGAGGUUUGUUAUAUACGUGAAGAAGGGGAUUUAUGUUGAGAAUGUGAAGAUUGAGAAGAAGAUGUGGAAUGUGAUGAUGGUUGGCGAUGGCAAGGAUGCCACUGUCGUCUCAGGCAGCCUCAACUUUGUUGAUGGAACUCCCACAUUUCAAACCGCCACAUUUGCUGUGGCCGGGCAAGGAUUCAUUGCUCGAGACAUGGGGUUCGUAAACACGGCCGGGGCAAUCAAGCACCAAGCCGUAGCCCUAAUGUCGACAGCCGAUCGCUCCGUCUUCUACCGUUGCAAAAUGGAUGGUUAUCAAGACACACUGUACCCGCACUCGAACCGCCAAUUCUACCGCGAGUGCGACAUCUACGGCACCGUAGACUUCAUAUUUGGAAACUCUGCAGUUGUGAUCCAAAACUGCAGCAUUAUGCCGAAGAAGCCCAUGCAAGGCCAACAAAACACCAUCACUGCCCAAGGCAAGAUCGAUCCCAACCAAAACACCGGCAUAUCCAUCCAAAACUGCGACAUUAGGCCGGCGGCCAACCUCAGCGGGGUGAGCAACUUCUUAGGGCGGCCGUGGAAGAAUUACUCCACGACCGUCUACUUACAAAAUAAGAUGGAUGGGUUCAUCCACCCAACGGGGUGGCUACCUUGGGUUGGCACGACGGCGCCGGACACCAUCUUCUACGGCGAGUACCAAAACUGGGGGGCCGGAGCCGCCACCAAGAAUAGGGUUAAGUGGAAGGGUUUGAAGCUCAAUCUUGAUGCCAAGCACGUUAAGACCUUUACGCUUGACAAAUUCAUCAAUCGGGAUAAAUGGAUUUCACCAACAGGUGUUACCUACAAGUCUGGACUCUGAAUUCAUCAUGGAUAUUAUUUUUCAUUUUAAUUGCUCACUAUAUAUAUUGUUACAAAUGGAUUUCUUUUCUUCAAUUUUCUUCAUAAUUCUUGAUUGAUUUUAUCCCUCCAUCGCUUCUUUUAUUCAUUGUACGUAUGUGUUUCUAUCAACCUGAAUAGAAACCAAAGUGGGAAUUCCAUUAUAUAUA